AUGCAAACCUGUAAAGCAGAUAUUCCCUUCUUCUGGCAGAUCCAUUUGUUUUUCUUCUUCCACAUCACUGUGAGAGACUGAAGGAUGGCAGAAUCACUCCCAGUCCCCAUCUUCAACGACUUGUCCGAGAUUUACCCCUCGCGCGAGGCGGUCCUUCGGGAAGGUCAACGCUGGAAUGACCUCUCGAAGAGCUUCAAAACAGCUUAUGGAGAUGAACCCGCUUUCAUCAUCCGAGCUCCCGGAAGAGUCAACAUUCUCGGAGAGCAUAUUGAUUAUUCCUUGUUUCCUGUUCUUCCCGCCGCUAUCGAACAAGAUAUCCUCAUGGCUCUCCGCCCUCGAUCAGGAACCAAACGGGUCCGAUUGGCCAAUGUUCUUCUCAAAUUCAAGGCUACAUCCUUUGAAAUGACUCAUCAGCCAUCCGAGCGGGGCUGGCAUGUCGACUUUGUAUCGCCUAAGGACGGGGGAGGAUGGGACAAUUACCUCAAAGUAGCGCUUCAAGAAGGUCUAGAAGAGUUUUUUAAAUCUGGCGUGGACAGGAAUGGCAAGGAACCCAUUGGGAUGGAUCUCUUGGUCUCCGGCACAGUGCCCCCGGGUUCUGGUCUAAGUAGCUCCGCCGCUUUCGUCGUUGCUUCCAGUAUCGUCUUUCUCGUCGCCAAUGGCCUCACCGAAGGAGUUUCAAAAGGUGAUGUCGUAGGCAUGGCAAUGGCCAGUGAGCAUCGCAUGGGACUAAGGACAGGUGGAAUGGACCAAGCCGCCUCUGCCCUGUGCGUCUCCAAUGCCAUCAUUCACCUCUCUUUCUACCCCUCCCUCAAACCUGUUCCCCUCCCUCUCCCUUCCUCCCUUGCCGUCUGCAUCAUCAACUCUGUCGCCACACACGCACUUACCACCGGAGCGCCUGAACAAUACAAUCUCCGAGUCGUCGAGUGUAUCAUUGCGACUCGGCUCUUAUGUCACGCUUGGGGUUUGGACCAAACGCCACGACUCAAGGGUAAAGUAGGAGACGAAGGUAGGAUUUGGUUGAGGGAAGCUUUGGACCUUUGGGAGGGAGGGAAAGGGCUGAGUGAAGUGGAAUUGUAUGAAAAGGCUCUAGGCGAGGUCGAUCGAGUACUGGGUAAUGGGUACAAGGGAACUCAAGGUUGGACGAGGGAAGAUAUGCUCGCUGCGAGUGGAAUGGAGGAAGCGGCAUUCAGGGAGACAUUCCUCGAGUUUCUGGAAAUCCGAGCAACCUACUUUCAUCUUCACCGUCGACUGAAACACGCUCUCGAAGAGAGUCUCCGUGUAUCUAAAUUUUCGGCCCUCUGUCGUUCUAUCGAGCCAUCAUCUUCGACUUCUGAAUCCGACCCCAUCUUGAAACAAUUAGGAGACCUCAUCACGCAAUCCCACGCCAGCUGUAAAGACGUAUAUGAAUGUACGUGUGACGAGACGGAUCAACUUCAACAACUUUGCCUUGCUCAAGGUGCUCUCGGCGCAAGGCAGACAGGUGGAGGAUGGGGCGGAGCUGUCAUUGCGCUCUUACCUGUUUCUCAAGUCGAAGGUUUCUUGAAGAGGAUAAAAGGGUCUUAUGAGGCUUACAAGUCAUUGACGGAGGAAGGGGUGGAGCAAGCUGCAUUCGCAACCCUCCCUGGGUCCGGGGCCGGAAUCUAUCAAAUCCAGGGAUCGACCAUCUCAUGAGACUGUGCAAAGCAUUUGAGGACCCCGUCAAUCAAUAACGGAUCAUCAACAGAUCUAGCCAUAGCCAGGUGACCUAAAUC